AUGACUGAGAAGCUCGACCUGAAUUCGACACAUAAUAUCCCGAAGUUUUAUUUGGAUGGUGAUAUCUAUCCGUUCGUUUGGGACCGCGCCACGGCCAGCGAACCGUAUGACACAAGUGGUUUGCCUUCGGCUGAUUAUGCCUUAUACCUUUUCAAUAUUGUCAAGUUUCACCUGGGGCAAAUGUACCGAUUCUUUGAUGAAGAUAUCUUUGUUUCCCAGAUGCAUGAAUUUUACGCGAGCGAUGCAGCGGAGAAGGCCAGCAAACCUCGUUAUUGGUUUGUACAAUUCCUCUUGGUCCUUGCACUUGGCAAUGCAUUUGUGUCACGGCCUCGAAACCAAUCCAGCGCACCCGGCGGAAAGUUCUUCGCGCGGGCUAUGUCCGUAAUGCCCAAUCAUACCUCCACAGGGAAGGAUAGUCUGUUGGCCAUCGAGACCUUGGCCCUGGCCGGGCUAUAUCUGUAUGCAAUAGACCACAGAGAGGCGGCUCACGUACACGUCGGUCAUGCGGUACGCAUAGCACACAUGGAGGGCUUACACACCCAGCUUCCUGAACAGGAACUGGGCACUGCAACGGUAACCCGAUGCCGAAACCUCUGGUGGACCCUGUACAUCAUGGACAGGUACGUGUCAUCUUCGCUGGGACUCCCGAUGACGACCAAGGACAGCGACAUCAGUACCUUGAUCAACACCCCGAGCAUGGGCUUUCAUGACAUCACCUUUAGCCUUCAAGUGAGGCUUUCGCAAAUGCUGUCCUUUAUAUUAAGUAGCAUCUAUAGGACAGAGAAGACCCAGCUCGGGAGGUUUCUAGAGAUUACGAGAAAUAUUCUGCACGCCAUGGCUAAGCAUGCCGAAGAGAUCGAAAAAAUGAUGCAGAUCAGCUUCCAGGGUUCCAUGGAUAAUGUGCCUCAGGAGAUGCGUCAUAUAAUUUUACUAUACCAUCAGUGCGUGAUCGUUGCCACCAGACCUUUGCUUCUGUCGGUCCUGAAGGAACGGCUAGAGAAGUUAGGCCGUGCAGAGGAAGACUGGCAAAAGUUUCUAGCUCUUCCCAAAUCCCUGAUAUUCAUUGGUAUUAAGUCUGCCGAGAAGACGCUUCAAAUAUUGUCGGACGAGAAUGGCCACCUGGAAACAUUCCUCCCAUUUGAUCUCGAAUUUACAUAUGCAGCUGCUCUCCAUCUGACUAUGGCGAACACGCUCUACCCACCAGGGACCAACGACGAUACGUAUAGUAGGUCUGCGCACUCAAUCCUCGAUGAGAUGAUUAUGUGUGGGAAUAAGGUGGCCGAGGUACGAAAGGAUGAGCUGCGGUGUAUCGAAGGGUUAUUCCAGGAGUUCGCCAAGCGCGUACAGCAGGAAGGUCUACAAGUCCUCACUUUAUCUGGUCGAGGGCUUGCAGAGCCUGGGCCAGAUGAGACCCCUAGUCAAGAAUGCCGGGGACAAACGCCCCCGACAGAGCCUCCAACCUUCACAGAGUCAUCAGCCCAGUCACCCUCCGUAAAUCAGUCUGUCACGGCCAGCGUCGAUCCCCUCGACAAUGUGAUCGGCAUCUCUUCCUACGAAUUUCUUCACAUUGUGGAUCAGAUCGGCGGCUCGGAAAUGCCCUACGUCUUGAAUGCAGGCCAGGACUGGAUGGACGGCGGUGCUAUGGCAUACCCGUUUGGGUGA